UCAGAGUAAACUAGAAGUCGUUGACUACAUAGAACUCGAUGCGAAAACACGUUUGUUUUCUCCUACAUUUCAAUUACGCGAUAUCCAAUCGAUAUCGUAUUGAAUCUAUUUGACGCGCGAAUUGAAAAAUUAUGGAAAACGUAAAUUUCCAACAUCGUUCGUACCGACGAAGAAAUUGGAAGGUAAACUUUACAGCCUUCGAUCGUGAAUCCAAUCUUCUUUCAACCAAGACCUUGUACGUAGAUCGGUUUCUUUCUCGUGAACGAUCAAUUAAACGCAAUUGGAUCAUUACGACACUUUAGUACAAUAGGCAUUAACACGGCUUAGAAACGGUUUUUAUUGAUGGCGUUUGAAUUGACGAUUAUGAAAAUUUCAAUCUUUCUCGUUUCACUAUUCUUCUUCUUCUCUCCUGAUUAUUUACGUCACGUUAACUGCGAAAGGUAAUUAGCGACAACAACGUUCAGUUAUAUCGGAGUCUUCGAACAACUGGACGCAUUUCGGUCACGAAUGCGUGACACCAGCUGUUAAAGUGUUAAUUGAAGAAUUAAAUUCUUUUAUCCUUGAUAAUAACGUGUCGUGCUUACACGUCAUUACUUUCAUUUUAACAUUGAACGUGUUAACGAUUAGAAGCGACGAGUAAUUAAUUAAAUGACUUUCAUACGUGGCGCAUCAUUGCGACAAUCUAGAUUUUAUCUGUUCCACGGUUUUUCACGAGAAUUUAGAUGAAAUUAACUGUAACAAAUGACGAGUAAUAAAGUAAAAGGAUCAUAAAUGUGCAGUGAUUUCAUGCCAGGCAAUAAAAUGACCACUGAUAGACGCUGGCUACUAAACACCGCGAAGAUCCGCGUUAGCAUAUCGCAUUACCAGUUCGACGGAUUUUGCAAUUUAAUUCUCAUUGUCAGUUUGUCACACGACGAGCAUAAUGCUUCUUUAUCAGUCUUAAUUAUUUACAGUCAUUACGUUCUUAUUCCUUGUUAACAUUUGCGCCGAAAAAAUAAUUAAUCUGCAAAACUGUUUGCAAAAGAUAACAGUCUUCCCGAUUUUAUCCUUUAUGUAAUGUUUUAAAAAAUAGUUUUACGACGCAUUGUACACGUACGUGGUCAAGCCAUUAAAGUUCUCUUCAGUAUUGCAACAGACAUCGCAUGAACAACCUAAGCCAAAAACUCUAGCUUCAAAUCUUAACUAUUAUUAAUCCGAACUGUUAUUUUAAUACGUUAUUUGUCACAAAUGUAACGUAAUCGGUACAAAGUAGAAUAAAUACAUGGCUAAAGGACACUGGCGUUUGCGUAGCGACAAAACAGCUACCGUGGGACAUGAUCCACAGACGAGCAACGGCAACAAUCAGUUGCAGCAACAGAUGCAAGGCGGUGGAUGGAUCGGAAUCCCUGAGUCGACACUGGUUCAGCGAUCCGUCAGAGGCAACGAUAACAGCAACGGUUGGAACCAUCCAGUUAUAUCGUCGUUUCAACAUGGUCAACAGCAACAACAGCUACACGAACGGAAACAGAAAGAAGUUAAAUCUGGGGAGCUGGGAGAUGAUGAAGAUGGGGGUGGAGGGGGUGGAGGGGUGGAGGGGACGGACCCAGAGGAGAACAACUCUGUUCACCUCAAGAGACGGGUGGGACUCGUCAGUGGGGUGGCUCUAAUCGUUGGUACCAUGAUAGGUUCUGGGAUAUUCGUUUCGCCGUCAGGGCUUUUGGUUCGGACUGGCAGUAUCGGAGUCAGCUUCCUGGUAUGGACGGCCUGCGGCAUGUUGAGUCUGUGUGGUGCGUUAGCAUACGCUGAGCUGGGUACAAUGAACACAAGCAGCGGCGCCGAGUACGCUUACUUCAUGGAUGCGUUCGGCGCAGCGCCUGCAUUCCUCUUCUCAUGGGUCUCGACGUUGGUCUUGAAGCCGUCUCAGAUGGCGAUCAUAUGUCUCUCGUUCGCUCAGUACGCGGUCGAAGCCUUCGCGGCUGACUGCGAUCCACCCGAGGAAGUCGUUAAACUCGUUGCGCUCCUCGCCAUCGUACUUAUAUUACUGGUGAACUGUUACAGCGUUAAUCUGGCCACGGGUGUACAAAACGCGUUUACAGCAGCUAAACUGAUCGCCAUACUGGUUGUGAUAGCCGGUGGCUCGUACAAGUUGAUACAGGGUAACACGCAGCAUCUGAAAGGCGCCUUCGAAACAAUGGACGGAAGCACCGUUAACAUUGGUAGAUUAGCUACAGCUUUUUACACUGGUCUAUGGGCCUACGACGGAUGGAACAAUCUUAAUUACGUCACCGAAGAAAUCAAAGAUCCUUCGAAGAAUUUACCACGUUCGAUUAUGAUUGGUAUACCACUUGUUACGCUGUGUUAUGCGUUAAUAAACCUAUCGUACCUAGCUGUGAUGUCCCCUUCUGAGAUGAUCGAAAGCGAGGCUGUCGCGGUGACUUUUGGAAAUCGGAUUCUUGGCGUGAUGGCAUGGCUUAUGCCACUCUCAGUUGCGAUCAGCACCUUUGGUUCUGCGAAUGGUACUCUCUUUGCAGCAGGUAGACUCUGUUUCGCCGCAUCUCGAGAAGGUCAUUUACUCGAUUGUCUCAGCUAUGUACACGUGCGACGCUUUACUCCUGCUCCAGGACUUAUUUUUCACUCGCUUGUUGCAGGAGCAAUGGUACUAUCCGGAAACAUAGAUUCUUUGAUCGAUUUUUUUUCAUUUACCGCUUGGAUCUUCUAUGGUGGAGCAAUGCUAGCUCUAUUGGUGAUGCGAAGGACCAGACCGAAUCAUCCUCGACCGUACAAAUGUCCGCUGAUAAUACCUGUGCUUGUACUUGGAAUCUCUGCGUACCUGAUUGUAGCGCCAAUCAUCGAAAAACCUCAGAUCGAAUACUUAUACGCAACUGGAUUCAUAUUUGCGGGCAUGUUUGUCUACCUCCCCUUUGUUAAAUAUGGAUACGUGCCCAAAUUUAUGGAAGGAAUAAACGCCUUUCUCCAAAUGUUACUCGAGGUAGCGCCAACAGCUGCAGCCUUUGAUUGACCUCGACUGAAUACAUAAAGUUAUUCUUUAAAUGCCAAACCAUUCCAUUACGGCAUCGUGAAUGUUAUAUAAAUAUCUAUUUUAAAUGUGUAUAAACAAAAAUAUGUAUCCUAUUACUAAAGCUCAAGGCUGGCCUGAAUGAAUUCAUAAAUACAUGAAAAAUAUUAUUUUAUUACUUGUUAGUUAUACAAUACAUGGAACAUGUUGUUGGAUACAAUGAGCAAAUGUAGUGAGAACUAAACAAAAUAAAUAAAAAUAUUUUAAAUGUU